AACUCAUUUCAUUAUCCAAAUGUAUUGUUUUAGUAAUAUUUAAUUAAUUGAUAAUUUGCAUCUUCGAUUAUCUCUUUCGUUUUCUUUAGUUGGCUCUUGGAAGUUGGAAAGACAAAACAGUUGGGUUAUUGUUUGGUUAGGAAGAAAACCCGAGAAAACAGCCACAUCCACCAAAAGCGUCGGUCCCCGCUAGCGAUAAAGAGAAAAAAUUUCUCCGAAAAUUACUGCAAAAUUAUCCCAAAAAAAGAAGGGAGAUAAAAAACUUACCUUAUUUUCCAAAAUUCGCUUUUGUUAGGAGAUAUAUCUUUAGAUAUACUUACAAUUAGCCAUUAUAUUAUUUCUUUGAAAACACAGAGAAAAAACAGAGGAACUGGUAGGACAUCUUUCGUUUCCUGUUCAUUUCGGAGAGCUUCUUCCGUGGCUCCCAUGGUCUUUCUUCUUCGGGUUCGCAGCUGAUGUCUUCGUUCUUCUCCAGUGGAAGAAGACGAAAGUUUCAGCUCUGAACUUCUGGAUUUCUGGGAUUUGGUGUCGAGUGACCCGAAACGACGUCGUUCAUUAUCACCACCUUGUUGUAUAAUCUCUUAUUAUUACUAUUAAAAGCCAUGGACGACAAUGGGAGCACCAAAUUGAACGGCAUACGACAGAUCGUUCGGCUCAAGGAAAUCCUCCAGAAAUGGCAAUCCGUUACACUUAAUGUCCAAACCCCAAAGCCAAACGAGGAACCCCGGAAAGAGCAGGUGGAAGAAAACACCAAUGGCGGAGGAGGAAUAUCUCCGGCGAUCAAUAGGAGGUUGACAGAGGUGAUUUGCUGCGAUUCCGACGAGGAGAGCUGUCAGAGCCCGGAGCCACCGCCGGAUGUGCCGAAAGGUUACUUGGCGGUGUAUGUGGGACCGGAGCUUCGGAGGUUCAUAAUACCCACCAGUUAUCUUAGUCAUUCUUUGUUCAAAGUGUUGUUGGAAAAAGCUGAGGAGGAGUUUGGGUUCGACCAUGGCGGUGGUCUCACCAUCCCUUGUGAGAUUGAGACUUUUAAGUAUCUACUUAAGUGCAUGGAGAAUCAUCAUAAGUCUUCUCCUCCACACCAUAACUCCUCAGCUGGAAGCUCGUUCAUUGAAGAGUAAAUAUAGUUAUGAUUUUUCCGUUCCUUGUUGUAACGAUAAUCAUCCAGGUUUUUGGGGCUGAUUUUCUGGCGUAACACAUGGUUAAUUUCCAAUGUAUGCAAAUGCAAAUAUAAUUUUCAUCUUUCA